CGUACGGCUGUCUGAUGCAAUAACAUCGAUUCCACGUGGAAAGAAAAUAGGUUACAACCAGCGCUAGAAAACCUUUUGAAUUUAUCGAUUCUUGCUGGAAUGGCGGAAAUAGGAUCUCACCUGCCUAGACAGGACUUGGACACUCUCGACCCCGCCAAGCUUACUCCGCUAUCACCAGAAGUGAUAGGGAGACAGGCUACUAUCAACAUUGGAACAAUAGGCCAUGUAGCUCAUGGAAAAUCUACUGUUGUAAAGGCAAUUUCUGGAGUACAUACUGUAAGAUUCAGAAAUGAGAUGGAGAGGAACAUUACUAUAAAGCUAGGAUACGCCAAUGCAAAGGUAUAUAAAUUUGAUGACUAUCGAGUGAUUCGUCCAGACAGUUAUUGCUCACGUGGAAGUAAUGCACCGGAUGUGUUUCCAGCUGAGGUGCAGGGUAUCAAAGGAAAUUUUCGCUUACUCAGGCAUGUGUCAUUUGUGGACUGUCCUGGACACGAUAUUCUCAUGGCUACAAUGUUAAAUGGAGCAGCAGUUAUGGAUGCUGCCCUGCUUUUAAUUGCUGGCAAUGAGUCUUGUCCACAGCCUCAGACGUCUGAACAUUUAGCAGCAAUUGAGAUAAUGAAACUAAAGCACAUCUUAAUCUUGCAAAACAAAAUUGAUUUAGUCAAAUCUCAGCAGGCGCGUGACAAUUAUCAACAGAUUCUUAAAUUUGUUCAAGGUACAGUUGCUGAACUUGCACCAAUUAUUCCAAUUUCUGCUCAGCUCAAGUACAAUAUUGAUGUUGUCUGUGAAUAUAUAGUGAAGAAGAUUCCUGUUCCUUUGCGUGAUUUUACUUCAGAUCCACGGUUAAUAGUUAUACGUUCAUUUGAUGUAAAUCGACCUGGUUGUGAAGUUGAUGAUCUAAAAGGUGGUGUUGCUGGUGGCAGCAUAUUGAAAGGAGUUCUCAGGGUUGGACAGGAGAUUGAAAUUCGACCAGGAAUUGUAUCUAAAGAUGGAGAAGGAAGAAUCAUUUGUACACCCAUUCGAUCUCGAGUGACUGCAAUGUAUACUGAAUCCAAUGAUUUACAGUUUGCUGUACCGGGUGGGUUGAUAGGUGUUGGAACUAAGGUAGAUCCUACGCUGUGCAGAGCAGACCGUAUGGUUGGUCAGGUACUUGGUUCUGUGGGUUCAUUACCUGACAUCUUUACUGAACUUGAGAUUAGCUACUUUCUCUUACGUCGAUUGUUGGGAGUGAGAACUGAAGGUGACAAAAAGGCUGCAAAGGUUCAGAAACUCAGUAAGAAUGAAGUGCUCAUGGUAAACAUCGGAUCGUUGUCGACUGGUGGUAGGGUGACUGCAGUCAGAGCUGAUCUUGCAAAAAUAUCAUUGACAGCUCCGGUUUGCACUGAAGUGGGAGAGAAGAUUGCUCUUAGUCGACGAGUAGAAAGACAUUGGAGGUUGAUUGGAUGGGGACAGAUUAGAAAGGGGGUGACUAUUCAAGCUGAUUUAUAGCUAAUACAUUGCACUGUGUAUGUAAGGUGUACUAGUAGUUUUCUCUAAUGUGGCUUUCAUGGAAUGUUUGCUACUGAACUUGAAGGCUAAUGUGAGUGGCA